CGGCCGGCCGGCCGCCCGCCAGCCCGAGCGAGCGGCCCGGGGCGUCGAGGGGGCCCGCGCCGCGCCGGGCGCCGCCGCCCUGACAGCCAUGUGCUCCCAGCUCUGGUUCCUGACGGACCGGCGCAUCCGCGAGGACUACCCGCAGGUGCAGAUCCUGCGCGCCCUCCGGCAGCGCUGCUCCGAGCAGGACGUGCGCUUCCGGGCGGUGCUCAUGGACCAGAUCGCCGUCACCGUCGUCGGCGGCCACCUCGGCCUGCAGCUGAACCAGAAGGCGCUCACCACUUUCCCAGAUGUGGUGCUCGUGCGCGUGCCCACCCCCUCGGUGCAGUCGGACAGCGACAUCACGGUCCUGCGCCACCUGGAGAAGCUGGGCUGCCGCCUCGUCAACCGCCCACAGAGCAUUUUAAACUGCGUCAACAAGUUCUGGACUUUCCAAGAGCUGGCUGGGCAUGGGGUUCCCAUGCCAGACACCUUCUCCUAUGGUGGGCACGAAGACUUUUCCAAGAUGAUCGAUGAAGCUGAGCCCCUCGGCUACCCGGUCGUGGUGAAGAGCACGCGAGGACAUCGGGGAAAAGCUGUUUUUCUUGCAAGAGAUAAACAUCACCUCUCAGACAUCUGCCAUCUGAUCCGCCAUGAUGUGCCCUACCUGUUCCAGAAGUAUGUGAAGGAGUCACACGGCAAAGAUAUCCGGGUGGUGGUGGUAGGGGGCCGGGUGAUAGGCUCUAUGCUUCGCUGCUCCACAGAUGGACGGAUGCAAAGCAACUGCUCUCUCGGCGGUGUGGGCGUCAUGUGCCCGCUGACAGAGCAAGGCAAGCAGCUGGCCAUUCAGGUGUCCAACAUCCUGGGCAUGGACUUCUGUGGCAUCGAUCUCCUCAUCAUGGACGAUGGCUCCUUUGUGGUGUGUGAGGCAAAUGCCAAUGUUGGCUUCCUAGCCUUCGACCAGGCGUGCAAUUUAGAUGUGGGUGGCAUCAUCGCGGACUACACCAUGUCCUUGCUGCCCAAUAGGCAGACUGGCAAGAUGGCUGUCCUCCCAGGACUGUCCAGUCCCAGGGAGAAGAAAGAGCCAGAUGGCUGCGCUUCAGCUCAGGGAGUUGCGGAGAGCGUCUACGCCAUCAACAAUGGGUCUACCUCUAGCGAGAGUGAGCCUGAACUGGGAGAGAUCCGGGAUUCCUCAGUGAGCACAACGGGGGCCCCGCCCCCCAUGCUGCCCGAACCCGGCUACAACAUUAACAACAGGAUUGCUUCAGAAUUAAAACUUAAGUGAAUUCCUGCUUUUUGGCAGCAUUGAAACCAAAUCCUACUGCUUCCCUAUAGUUUUGAGUGGAUAAAAUCCGGACUAAUGUGAUUUCAUUUGCACAGAAACUAGAAAAUCCCAUCUGGGCACUCAGCAUUCUUUCUAACGACGAUUUAAGCAAAACGGCUUAGCUUUGUGGUUUUUACAGAGACUAAUAUAAAAACACUCACCAAGAGCAACAUCCCGAGCGAUCGACUUGAGACCGACGUCUGCUGCGAGCACUUGGAUGCUAGGGCUGACUUUUAAGGCGCUGCCAGGGGCUGCUGCUUCUGGCUGUUUCCAGCAGAGCCCAUGAACUCAGACCGCCUCCCGGAAGUGCUGCACUCGGGAGCCAGCCCCGGAGGCAGGCGGGGGCGGAAGAGAAGGAAUGUGACUGCGGUUACACGGCUCUUCGCUAAGUGUGUGUGUGGGAUGCUUGAAGAAUACGCGGUUCAGUCUCUGCUCCCCGUCAGUCACCAUCCUGGCCAUAUUCCUCUGACACUCAGGAUGUGGUGUUUUAGGGAGCUUCCUCAUUAGCAUUUUCGAUGAAGCACUUUGUAGAAAGUUUGAGACCGAUCGUUAUUUGACUUCACCGGUUGGCAGAUACCCUGCUGCGUAGCUGGGGCUUUCUACAAAUUGCUUUGCCACUCCGAACUUACAGACCCUGCUUCAACUAACGCCAGCCCCAGCAGCCUCUUGCACCUUUGCUGCCUUUGGCCUCAGCUGGAAAUGCACUUCAAUGAGCUAGGGGCCACACACUUUAUUUCUUACGUGUGCACUAGAAUUGAACGCCAUGGACUUUCUUGUCAGUGGACUCUGUUCAUUUGUCAUCCAGAAGCCGGUGGGUUUUUAUCAUAGAAAUCUACUGGAAGAUAAUCAUUUUCCCCCUUCUCUCCUAAAACUUUGUGUACUGCUUAGCUGUAGAAGGUGUUCUUGUAUGCGCUGGUGUUGUGGGCCUACUGGGUAGCUAGAGCCAUCGGAAACACACUCUCAUCCCCUCAACAUUCUAGUCCUAGCCAGGUUCCAGAGACCUGUCCUUACCCACUUUUUCCAAACUGGGGAGACUCAGGAAUUACUCAUUGCACGUUUAGGGGGAGGAGGGGCUGGAUAACGUAGACAGGACACCAAGUGCUUUUUAUUGUAACUCUUUAAGCAGUAGAUGAUGAUCCUUCCCUUGGGUGAAUUCAUGGAGAUGGAGUUUUCCGUUUCUGCUUAUAUGAAGUAUGAUGAGAAUGAGCAAGGCUCCCUUUUUAACCAAAUACACUAAAACAUAAGCACUCAAGAGUUACCAUAAUCUGUGUUAUUUCCUUGGGAGACCGUACUCUUGAGCUGUGAUACUGCAUGUGCUGAGAACAGACAGAAUUCCUCUUUGGAAUUAUCUCUGAAGCCAUGCAAGGAAAGAGGCCUCACAGCCUUAUAGUCAGACUUCAGUUUUUAUACCACUCCUCCCCACAGGUGGUCCCAAGCUCCAUCACCCAUUUUUAUCUAUCAGACUUAUCUUCUAAUGCUCUUUGGCUUAAAUAAAAAAUAAAAAAUCGUCCCUCAAAACAUAAAUCUACCCACAAAGGACAACAAUGAGGAAGCUUACAAGUGGACAGUUUCCAAGGAAGGCUCUAGAAAUAGUCUGAGUCAAGGUCAGCUUCACUGACUAAACACACAUCUUCCCAAGGUGACUAGUUUGAGGCAGCAACACCCAUUUGGGUGUCUAAAUUCCUGUACUUACUCUGCUGUAAAUGUAAAAUGUGUAUAAAGUCAAAACUAUUACAUUUUUUCACAACACAUUUAAAUAGAAAUUGGCUUUUAAAAUAUUGUGGCUAAAAGCACAUCUCACCAAGUUAACACUUAGACAAUUGAAAAACGUUUGGCUCCAUGUAAUGGAGAUAUUGUACUACACAAUUGUAGUUUAAAUGCAGUCGAACCGAGGGUGCAUGCCACUCCGUAGUAACUCUAGUAAUGUGUCUUGUACAGUUGACACACGAUACUACUUCACCUUUAUGCAGGUUAAGACAUUUACCUUAUCUUUACCACUCAGGGUGGGUUUAGAAGGAUAGUUCUAGGUCUGUUCUUGUUGGAAUUGUCCAUAUGCUUUCUACGUAAACAUCUGAACCAAGUGAUGACCUUCUGGAAGCUGCAUGCACUCAUUCCCACUGUUCAGCGUAAGCCCAGUCUCCCCACUUUAUCUAAAAGGAUGCUAGCAGGCCCUGUCCCGAGCAGAGCAGCUAGAGGGUGCUUCCAGGUUUGUCAAAGAGGGCCCGUCUUCCAGCUGUUAGUGACGUCUAUAGUCAUGGGCACCACUGCUUGAAACGGAGCCCAGCCUGGAAGCAGAGAAAGCUAGAUCACACCUGGAUCACAGCUCCCGCCUCCCUGCAUAGCCCCCCUCCCCCCCCCAGAUUUCCCAUACCCGCCACGGGCCCUGUGAGCCUUGGUCAUGGGUCUAGGCCACACUCAUUACAGCUGCCCGCAAGGCCUGCUAGAAGGAACGUGGGACACAGAGCCAGUUCCUGGUUCUGGCUCUCCCCUUAAAGCGCUGACAACCUUGCACAAUCAGGUAGGCUCUGCCUCCCGUUUUUCCAUUCUUCCAAUAGGGGAGAUGCCUGUUUACCUCUUGAGGGUGCUUUGAGGUUGAAGUGAGUUAAUUAAUGAGACUGUGCAUCAUGUGGGAAGUGGUAGAAGAAUACCUCCCACAUCAGGUUUUAUAAGUUUCGCAUUAUCCCUCCUCUGAGGGAGUCAAGAAAGAAAGAGGCCUUGAAUUCUUGGCAUUAGCACACUAAACAGUGGUAGGGGGCCUGAAAAAGGAUGCAGCUUCUCAGAGGCCUUACCACCUGAAAGGAGUAAGGCUCUCGGGUGAGUUCACACAGCCUUCUGGAUGUAUCGUAUAUAACCUGAAACUCCUGACUCUCCUACAUCAACUAACAGUCUUCCUUAUGUAACAUAAUUUGCAGUGUCUGUAUAUGGUCUUCCCAUUACCUGACAGUAGCAUCUUGAAACUGGUCAAAACUUGAAUGCCAAUAGCUCCGUCACUCAGAAUAUAUAUGAUUCUGCACUUGGGAAAAAUGUCUUCAUGCUAUCUGAUUGCUGCGGGGUGUGGGUUUGCGAGAAUGUGGGUUGGGGGCUUUAGAUCUUUAAAAUCUGAUGAAACGGUGUAAGUGGAUUAUAAGCUCUUCCUGUCACCAUUGCAGACUCAUUGCUCCCAGCUAAGAGGGGAUUCUGUGACAACUGGGGAUGGGGUGAGGAGAAAAGGGAAGGAGAAAGGUCUUGGAUAGUUUUGUGACGUUUCAGCAGAAGAAAUAAGAAAUUGGGAUAAUUUGGAAUUCCAGGGGGAAGGAAGAAGAAAUGGCUCUUCUGGCGGUUGUUUAAAUGAAAGAAUCAUGCACACGUAUUCAUUAGAGGUAGGGGUCUUUGAAACUUCUGCAUAAAGAAAAUAAAUUACGUGGAUUCUCAUCGGCCUUGGGGAAGUGGGAGAGACAUGCCUCAGCACUUCCUUAAGUCCUGAUGAAUGCUGGUCUUGAUGCAAGUCCAGGGGAGAUGGAGGCAGCUUGCUGGGGGCUCCAGGGCCCCCCAAGUAACGGCUGGCCCUUCUGCAGAAAACCAUGUGCAGGCAGGCCUGCAGCCGCAGUGCUCUGAGGUGGGUCUAAGGAGCCACGUCAGCGUGAAUCCAAAGCCAGUAGAACAGGGAAGCUCAGCUUAAUACUUUCUUUUGCACCUGCAGGUGAGGCUUCUAUUUGCUGUCAGUCUGUGCAGAUGUUUGGGGAUGAGCCCUGACAACAGUCAUCUUUGUCACUGUCCCCAAAGCUCAUGUUUUUCCAUCUGCUGCUACAGCCUAAUAGCAAGCCUCGUGCUGUUUUUGACUUUCUCUGAGACUCGAGAUCAGAUCAUGACUUUAAAAUGCUUUUACUUGGAAGGCCCCCUCCCCCCCCAUCUCAGGACUAUGUUGUUGGAAUCGUUCCCGAAAACCAUAUUAUGCUUCCAUUCCAAGUCUCUGGCCAGACCCUGCAGCCCUCCCUUCUUAAAACACACAGCUGAGUACGACAACUUUGUUCCUUCAAGCUUUUCAGCUUCCUUCUCCGGGUGUGGUUCCCGUGCCAACAUGUGGCACUCUCCUGGGCCCUGUGCUGGCCUCCCCAACCCUGUUUGGUAGUCUCGCUGUGCCAUUUUGUGUUCACUGGGCUCCGAGGUGACACUGAGAAAGUCACCCACCAGGCCAGAUUUGUUUUUUUAAUAUUUUAUUUAUUUGAGAGAGAUCGAGAGCGAGCAAGCAUGAGCGGGGAGGAGGGGCAGAGGGAGAGAGAGAAGCAGACUCCCCGCUAAGCAGGGACCCUGGGAUCAUGACCUGAGCCUGAGGCAGAUGCUUAACCAACUGAACCACUCAGGCGCCCCAUCAAGCCAGAUUCGAGGACAAAGGAAUAACAGCACUCUGGACACCAAUUCAGUCCCCCCAUUUUAUAGACGGAGGAUCUGAAUCCCAGAGGCCAAGAUCACUUAGCUAGUCAGCAGCAGGGCUGGGACGCGGGCAGCCGAGUCCCCAUUCUGGUUUAGCAUACUGCCAGAGGUGGCUCUGUUCUCCCAUGGUGCCUAGCACUUGCUGUCAUGCUGGACUCCCCCUCUGCCCUUUCUCCCGCCGAGCCUCUGCUCUGGAUCCACGUGGUGUUGAUGUGCCAGCUCUGAAGGCUUCACCUCUUGGAUGGCCUUAAAUGAGAGCCCUAGAGGCACAUACGAGAUUUCUA